ACUGAGCUGGGAAGUCAUUGCAGUUCAGUGUGUGUGUGUGUGUCAGUUCAAGGCAGUUUUCGAGAUAAGAGGAGCUCCAACAGGAAAGGUGGUUGUUGGAGGGGAGGGCGGGGGUGGGAGUCAGUGUGGCGAGGGGAAACAGAGCCUCUGCGUUCCGCCAAGCUGACAGUCAAUGAGCGCCCGCGCGGUGCGGUUGGUGCCACUCAGAGAUGGGACUUGACGGUGCCCGCUACCUCGUCGCUCUCCUGGUCCUUACGUCCUGCACACCAGCUCGGAGCAGGGACACUUGCUCCCCCACAGUGACUCCCAAUGGCACGAGAGCUGCCCUCUUUGGUGAACGUGUCAUCAUGGAAUGUGGAACAGACAAAAUGCACGGCUUGGACGAAAUUGAAUGGAGGUUGAACAACAAGAGACUGAGCCCUUCAGAUCGCCACAUCAUGAACUCCACCACCCUGAUCUUAAACUCCACGCAACUUAAAGACACCGGCAACUACAUGUGCCUGCGGAACAACACACCAGUAUUAAGGGUCCGACUAAUUGUCCAACAGAUCCCAAGGGCUCCAAUCCUUUCAUGCUUUGUCAAGUCAUACCUGAGCCCCAUCAGGUGUCAGUGGAGGUCAGAGGAGCUGAACAGACUUACCAAAUGCACGCUCUCCUUCCGAAAAAGCGUGAAGCAGGCCGUGUCCCAGAAAGCCUGCCGCCUGUACACCGGGAAGCGGGUGUGUGUCUGCCUACACCCCCACAAGGAGGGAGAGGACUCCACCGUCAUCAUGGCGCUCACCGUCUCCAACAGCGUCGGCUGUGCCACCAGCGAAGAGAAGAUGUUCAAACUGGAACAGCUCCUGAAACCUGACCCUCCGGAAUCGGUCAAAAUAAAGCCAGUGCUCAAAGCCGCUCAUAAACUGUCGGUGAGCUGGUCGUACCCUCAGACCUGGCAGACAGGGUUCUACGCACUCAAGUUUCAACUUGCCUACAGCAUGGAGAACACAGACAUGUUUCAGAACAAGGUCAGCCUACUGGAAACCAGUUUUGUGAUCACUGAUGCCUUGCCUGAUAUGAACUACACCGUGAGGGUCCGAGCGAAGGAGGAGUUUGAUCAUGGAGCGUGGAGUAACUGGAGUGAGCCUGUGUAUGGCAUGCCAUGGGCAGAUCCCGAGAGAAACAAGAUUCCUGAGGACAACACCGAAGGCCUUCCCUCUGGCCUUGCGGAGUGUGAAGACUGUGACUGGGAGGAAACCACACCACAGGAGUCUCAAUCUGAACAGUGGGGGAACUUUCCCUGGUACGGUUUGUUACUGCUCACGGUGAGCCUUUCGCUUGUGAUUGGCCUGUUCGCCGUGAUAGUCAUCAGGUACCGAAAGAAGUGGAAGGGGCAGUCUGCCAAGAAGGGCAGCGGUGGGCACCCCCCUGAGUAUCUGCCCGUGCGGCUGCUCACCGUCUCUGAUGGCGACGGUGCAUCCAAGGCCCCAGAGUGCAUCGCUGAGACUGCCCUGCAGUGCGGCUCCUCUCCCGCCAACGCCUCAGAUGAUCAGCCGCAUUUCGACCUGAUAAACAUGGGCUACUUCUACAUCCCGCAAUAAACAAAAGGCACGGAAUACUGCCUUUCUCGAUUAGAGACAGAGAGGGAAGCAAAUCCUCAGACUAAGUACGACCUCACGCUGCUGCUGACUGCCAACAGAGAAUGUCUUCCAUCUCCAUCCAUUGGUGGGAAGGACGUUGACAGUCCUGGGGUUCCCCACCCCCGAAGACAGGUGACAAAGCUGAACACAGUGUUGGGGGGGGGGGGUCCUGUCCUGUCCUGUCUGCUUCCGUGCCUUUGCUCGCGCUACAUGCCACGCACGCUCUCCGUGCCCGCUACCGGCCGUGCCGCGGGGCAGACUCCCCUCCAGCGGGCUGAACGGUCAAUUCUUGUUUCGACCAUCUACCUCACCGGGCAGCCACCUCGGCUUGUCGUGCCUUGGCCCCAGCCGGGAAGGCAUCGAGACGGAGGAAAUGCCAUUUCUCUGUGACCACUGCCCAGCCGGCUGUCGGCAACCAGCAGAUGACCGGGUCUGACGCUGACCUCGCCAGGGAGGCUUGGGACUGUGCAGGUCAAAGUUCGCCUGGGGGCUUCCACCCCGCUGAGCUCUCGGGCGUCCAUUUUCAUUCAGGCAAAAUGGAACGUGCUCACCACAAAAUGGUGACAGACCGAAAAGAGGAUCAAGGUGCCAGUGGGAUGAACUUUUUAAGACUGUUCCAACUUCCUUUUUGUUUUGUAAAAUUCCUGUAUGCUCAAUGGCAGACGUUUCCUUUCAGCGUUGUUUCUUAGCUUGAAUGUGCCACUUAUAAACAAAGAUGGAAACGGCUGCAAAAAAGCUCAGCAGGUCUGGCAGACAACCGUAGAGAGAAAUCAGAGUUUUGGGUCAGUGACCCUUUCUCAGAGCUGAUAGUUGCUGGGGAAAAUGUCUCUUCAUAUACAGAAGAAAGGGAGGGGGUAAGGAAUAAACGAUAGUUGAGGGUAGAGUAGGAAGAGAGAGAACAGUUGGACAGACAAAGGAGUGGAUAGCAGUCUGGCUGGGAGGCUGAAUAGCUGUCAGUGGCUAACCAUUGUGUGUAAGAGCAGACUGUGUGAUAACAAGGCCUGGCUGGGGGGGGGGUGGGACAUGGGAGAGCUGAGACCCUAAAGUUAUUGAACUUGACAUCGAAUCUGGACAGAUGCAGGGUUCCCAGGUGGAAAGUGACAUGCUGUUCUUCCAGUAUGUGCUGAGCUUGGCUGGAGCAGACCUGAGACAGAGCGGUGUUGCCCAGGGAACAGGGUGGGGUGUUAAAGUCAAAGUGUGUGGUGCUGGAAAAGCGCAGCCGUCAGCGUUUCGAAUAUGAUCUCUUCAUCAGGAAUGAAGGGGUGGC